CCACUGAAUUUGUGGCAGCGAAUUUGGAAAGUGAAAUAAAAUGACUGAAAUUUGCCUGUCGAAUAUUAUACAUCGUAUUUUUAAACAGAUUGAAUAUUUUGGAAGUGAAUUCUGGAAGACGGUGAACCCCACAUCCUACUGCCACCUCAACGCAGAUGUGUCAAUUCUGCAGGAACCUGUUGUUGAAGGGUUGCAUUUUUAGUGUAUUGUGUUACCAGUGGCUCAAGAAAAUUUCUGGCAGGAAGAAUGAACAAAAUAAACAGCAGUGCUGGGAGACAUUAGUUGGUCAAGAGCUUUACCGUUUGGUUUUAAUGGAUCUGCUAAUUGCGAUGUCGUACAUCAUCUUAGCAGAGUUUCUGUGGGGGCUGUGUAUUAGAAACAUCACAUUAAGAAAAAGAAAACUAGAGUUUGACAUCGCGCGAGAUGUUCUGGAGCUCAUCUAUAGUCAAACGCUCGUGUGGUUUGGUGUGCUGUUUUCACCUCUGUUGCCUGCAGUUCAAAUUGGGAAACUAUUUCUACUGUUCUACCUCAAAAAGACGAGUUUGAUGAUGAACUUCCAACCACCCAGGAAACACUGGAAGGCCACUCAGAUGAACGCAUUAUUCACCAAGCUCCUGUUUUUCCCCUCCUUUGCUGGGGCCCUUGCAUUUGUCAUUUAUACAAUGUGGAGGGUCAGGCCCUCGUCUGAUUGCGGGCCCUUUAGUAACCUCCGCAGCAUGCUUCUCUUAGGCAAGAGGUGGAUCAGGGGCCUGGGCAGGUCAAACCCCAGUUUUGUUUGGCUCAGCUGGGCUUAUAAUAACCUUGUGGACAACCCUUUGUUCCUCUUCACCCUUGUAGGCCUGUUCCUCGCCAUUAUAUACAUUCACAUGCAAGUUUUGGAUGGCCAAAAGAUGAUCAUUUCUAGGUUACAAAAACAAAUAGACAAUGAGGGUGAAGAUAAGAAGUUCCUUAUAGCUAAAGUGCAGGCCCUCAAUGAGGCGAGUGCUCAGCAGUAAGGAUGUCUGGAUUCUACAGAAAUGAAUUUGGAAGAAUGCAUUGUGGUAACCCCUUCAAAAUAUAUACCUGAGAAACCAGUGCAUCUUAUAUAGAACUCGGACAACAGCUGUUUUGUAGUGUUAUUGUCAUUUAGUCAUAAAAACAUAUUUUGAAAUGUAAAUGAAAAGGUUCAUUUUUGCUUAUGGAAAUGUUUUUGUUUGUCAGUUCUUUAUGCCACUGCUCAAAGGCUCAAUUUUUUUGUAUGGUUGAGGAUGUGAUAGUUUUAAAUAUUAUUCCAAAAACUAUUUCAAAAAGCAACAGGCUAUCAACAUGCAGUCAAUUAUGUAGUGUUUAAUGCGACGUGUUAAUGAUGAAAUCUCUCUGGUGUGUUUUGAAAGUUUGAAAUCAAUAAAUAAAUGCGACAUAUCUGCAAAAUACAAUUAUUUUAUUAUUUGUUUAUUUGAUUUUUUUGUAUACCGUAUACUGUAUGACAUUUCCACAGUGCUAAUGUCUUUUGUUGAAUAAUUGUUAAAUACAUUUUGUGAUAGAGAUCAGCUGACAGAAUAUUACUCCUUAUUUUCAUUUGAACAAAGACUGCUAAGGCCACUUAAUAAGAGAUUGUAAUGUACAGUAUGUGGUAUGGGCUACGGAUUUUGUUUGAACCUGUCAGACUGAAAUCUGAAGAAUUUGGUCACAUGCUGCUGACCAGAGCUCAGAAUCCCAUCAAGUAUUGCACUCUGUGGGAGGAGUUUCUUUUAUCUGUCUGACAUCCUCCUUAUAAGCUGUAAGGAGCUACUUUGGCUCAUUUGGCUCCCAACAUCACACCAUAUCAACUACAACAGUCAUUAAGUCAUCUGAGUAAGUGUAGUUUAUUCAACAAUGCGAUCCUCUAAACAUUUAUACAUCCACCUUCCAGAUGAAUAUAAAGAAUUUCAAUCAUCAGAAGAAUGGGACCAUGGGAUUGUUGUUACAGAUUUGAAUCCAUAUUUGACAGCAGAGAGCUUCGCAGCUACUUUGAAAAAUUUGGGACAAUUACAGAAUGUCUCUUCACAAUCAACAAGUCAUCAGGAUGGCCAAAGGGUGUGGGAUUUGUGAGAUACUCAACUUCAGAGGAGGCUAAAGUAGCAGAAGAAGCUGGGCCACACUGCCUUGGAGGUUUUCACUUACAGAUCAACAAAGUUGUCACACCAAAAAUGUCUGCCCAGAACAUACUCGACAACCAGUUAAAUAGAAGUGUGAAUUAGAAGUGGAAUAUAGGAGCACCGACAGUUACUGGCUGGAGUGAUUUACACUAAACCUCAUCCUACCACAAUGUGAACUAAAAAUUUAUUUAUUUUUUUUUGCAUAAUCCAGUGUUAACUUUUCUACCUGACAUUAAAACCCUGUUUGAUUUAAUGUCUGUAUCCCUACUGUAAAUGAUCGCUUUUAUAUGUAUACCUGAAAUGUUGAAUAAAUUUAUUCUCAGUACAGCUCUUAUUGAUGUUUAUUGAAAGAUUUUUUUGACUUAAGGAUUAUCUUCAGCUUUUACAACA